AGUGAUACAAGUCAGAGGGGCUCCUCCCCUGUCAGUGAUACAAGUCAGAGGGGCUGCUCCCCUGUCAGUGAUACAAGUCAGAGGAGCUCCUCCCCUGUCAGUGAUACAAGUCAGAUGAGCUCCUCCCCUUUCAGUGAUACAAGUCAGAGGGGCUCCUCCCCUGUCAGUGAUACAAGUCAGAGGGGCUUCUCCCUUGCUAGUGAUACAAGUCUGAGGGACUGCUCCCUUGCUAGUGAUAUAAGUCAGGGGGGCUGCUCCCUUGCUAGUGAUACAAGUCUGAGGGGCUGCUCCCUUGCUAGUGAUACAAGUCAGAGGGGCUGCUCCCUUGCUAGUGAUACAAGUCAGAGGGACUACUCCCUGUCA